AUUUCAUCAUGUUUGGAGUGUGUUUGAUAUGGAUUUUCUGCAAAACAAAACACACACAAAAAACAUGAACUAGAACUGGGAAGUGGGUAAAUAGGUUAGUGCUCAAAAAUAAUAUAAAUUGGUACAUAAUUACUCAAAAAGUAUCCUAGGAUGACGAUAUAAUAGCUUGGGACAGUCAAAAGUUAUAGAUACAUUGGAGACGCAUGAGAGUCAAACAUUUCUCAGUCCGUUCCUCCUGCCUUCCUCGAUACCCCUUCCCUCUAAUACGGACACCAUCAUUGUACCACCAUUGUCCUCCCGCCAAGGCCUUGCCAGACGUCCACCGCUCCAUUGGUCAUUGAGAGCACUCCACAACAUAUUUGAAGUUGUUUGAGGAUGUGCAAAAGUAUGUGAUCCAGAGCCUUGUGGGAGGUGAUGACAACUUGUGUGAUUAUGCACAACAUGAUAGUGAAGGACGAGGAUAAGGUGGCUCACACAAAGUAUGGAUUUUGAGGAAAAUGAGUGACCCUAUCGAACUUUCACACAAAAUCUGCUUGACAUUUUAGGAAGGAACUCAUGAGGAGUUUCAAAACAAUUGGGCUGAGCACAUGUGGGCGCUUCAAUGAGACAACUAGAACAUAUGUUUGAAUAAGCUGAAUUCAAAUUUAAGAUAUUUAUUUUCAAAAAUAUCAUGUUAGAUUGUAAUAUUAUAUUGAACUAUUGUUGCACUGGAACAAUUACAUGUUAUUUGUGGAUGUACAUAGGAAAAAAUAAGGUAGAACAUUCAGUGCGCGAAUGUCCGUCUUCCUUUGUCCACGGAGGAGUCCGCGCCGCGCAUAUUUGAUGUGUAUUUUUUUUUGUCCGUGUUGGAGUUGUACUAACGAGAGCAAUUUGAGUUUAAAGACAACUUUCUAAAACAAUUCACUCCUACUUAUCACCCUGCUAACACCUAAGGGCAACUCCAAUUGUGCGCAUCAACACGGACACAACAAAUUUCAGCGGACACAAGAGAUAGGACGGCGCCCAUCCAAAUCUAUGCACCAAAUGUGGUCCAUUUUUAAAAAUAAGUAAAAAUAAAUCAUGUCCGUGAAUCAAAUUUUAGGAAGCAAUAUUAAUGCAACAGCAAGUUUCCAGCGCCCUCCUAAAAUUGAGCAAAGCACAUGAAGUUCCAAAAACCAUGCAGCUAUGCCCCCUCUUUGACGCUAUCUCUCUCUUAUCAUGUUGGCCCCGUAUGGCACGUACCUUCACUUCCACCACCACUAUUGUGUGCAAUAAUCUUGAAUUUAAUAGGCGGCGUGUUGCUCACCAUCACUAAUUCAACAUAAGGUAUCGGAGCCUGCUCGAGGAGCAUGGGGGAGAUUGCCCAUAAGGUGUUCGAGGAAAUGCCCGAUAAGGAUGUUGUGUCCUUUCACUUGUUGGUGUAUGAGGCUUGUACCUAUCUUAUGUUGCAAUAUUUAGAAAACUCCAACGGAUCACCUCACCCCAAGCUGUUGUGGAAGGGGACGUCAAAUUGCUAGUUGAAUAGACUCUGAUAUGCAAGGAUCCUGACCUGCACUACAUAGGUUUAGUUACUUAUGCAAGCUUGUGUAAUUUCUUCUUGUCGAAAUUUAUUUAAUGGUUUAUUUAUUGAUCCACUUCUAUCCAUAAUAGGGUAAGGAGAAAUUAGAAAGAAAAAACAUGCAUACAUGCUAACUUUAGCUCUCUACAAAUCCUCCCCACCUGUAGUUUUUUAAUUUACAUGAGUGUACGUUUUACGUGCCAUUUUAUAUUGCCUAUUUUUGGUUUGAAUUUUCUCCACCUUACUUUUUAUUCAAUUAGCACAAAAGAGAUCUGCACAAAAAUACACCACUAAGGCACAAUCUCGUUUUAACAAUUCAUUUUGCAUAGUUAUUCCCACCUUCCUCUCCUCCAUUUCAAGAUUAGAAUGGAGUGAGGGGAAGGUGGGGGAGAUUGUUCAAUUUCUGGUGCUGUUAUAUUUCUUUAAAGGAGCGUCAAUCGGGAAAUUAAGGUUUAUUUGACUUCCCUUGAAAAGUCUCGAAGCUGGACUUCUCAUGCUACCAAAUUAAAACAUCUUCAAGGCUGUUGUAAGAUUGAGAAGUUCAGACAUUACUUGUUUUUAUUGCUGAAUGAAGAUACACAUUCAAUUCCUUCGAUCAAGUGGAAAGGCACUAAAUGUAUUUGUAGGCCGCCUUUGUACUAAAUGCACUAAACAGGAUGAUAGUACCACCUCAAAAAGCCAGACCACUGAUGGCACGUGUAUACAUGGGUUAAUCGCACCGUCCGAGAAAGAUGAACUGUCGAUUGUACCUGAUGUUACUGGUGAUGAAAAAAAUACAGAAGUGUCCAUUGUCCAAUUGAAAGAGAAGCCAAUUCUUGGUUUUGACCCUCCGAGGAAGCCAAGUGCAAGACAUAGACUCAAAAUCUGGAUUAGCACUCGACCCACUGGCAUAAUUGGACGAUACAGUAAUAAGCUGGAUUUAGGUUUCUGUCAUGGGGGGAAGAGAUUCUCAGCUGAACAUUUGAAUACUGGAUGGCCAGAUUGGCUUGUGAAUGUGGCACCUGAGGCAGUGCAAGGAUGGGCUCCACUCCGAGCUGAUUCAUUUGAGAGACUAAGUAAGAUUGGACAAGGGACUUAUAGCAGUGUUUAUAAAGCUCGGGAUCUUAGAACAACCAAACUUGUUGCACUCAAGAAGGUUCGAUUUGUUAAUACUGAUCCAGAAAGUGUGCGCUUUAUGGCUAGGGAAAUAUGCAUUCUUCGAAAGCUCAAACAUCCCAAUGUUAUAAAGUUGGAAGGGAUAGUAACCUCUCCUGUUUCAGAAAAUCUAUAUCUCGUGUUUGAAUACAUGGAACAUGACCUUGUUGGCCUUGCUGCAACUCCAGACUUCAAGUUCACCGAGUCACAGGUCAAGUGCUUGAUGCAACAGAUACUUAGUGGCCUUGAUCAUUGCCACAACAAAGGAAUUCUUCAUCGUGACAUGAAGGGCUCCAAUCUCCUGAUUGAUACCAAUGGUGUUUUGAAGAUUGCCGACUUUGGCCUAGCAACAUUUUAUGAUCCUGAGAGUAGGCAACCACUUACAAGCCGUGUUGCAACACUGUGGUACAGACCACCAGAACUUCUGCUUGGUGCCACCAGGUAUAGUGCUGCUGUGGAUAUGUGGAGUACAGGGUGCAUUUUGGGGGAAUUGCUAAUUCGCAAGCCAAUCAUGCCAGGCAGAACUGAGGUAGAGCAAAUUCACAAGAUAUUCAAACUCUGUGGAUCACCUUCUGACGAGUACUGGAAGAAAUUGGAAGUGCCCCCAACAGGCAUGUUCAAGCCCCUGUGUCACUAUAAGAGAUGCAUUGCCGAGAAUUUCAAAGAUUUAACUCCAUCAGCUCUAGUUCUUCUAGACAAAUUGCUUGCAUUAGAACCAGAAGCUCGUGGAACAGCUGCCUCGAGUCUUCAGAGUGACUUUUUCAGAACAGAGCCACUCGCUUGCAGCCCUCCGGACUUACCGAAGCUUCCACCGAGCAAGGAAUAUGAUGCUAGACUCCGACAAGAGGAAGCCAGAAGACAAAGAAAGGCAGAAUCUGUUCGAUCAGGAAUUGAGAAUCCUAGAGAAAACCUUGUUGCACAUGGUUCUAUUAAUCCAAAGAGGCUUCAACAUACCACUACAAGGUUCAAUAGUGCAAAUUUCAACCCAAAGAAUGAUCAACUCACGUUGGCUACUGAGGUACAACCUCUAGGAUUUGAUUCCGCAUGGAACAAGGGAGGUACCAAUCAUAUGGUCCAUCACGAAGUACCUGAGCGUAAAUACAAAUAUGGUCGGGUGGCAAAUUCCAACAUUUCAAGGACAAAAGGCUCAAACACGUUUAAACCAGAAUCGACUGGCGCAGGGAACGACAUGCCUGCUUCUCACAACAAAGAGAUGGGAGCAAAAGGCCCAAUGGUGAACUACAAGGGUAAGAGCAAACUAAUACAUUUCUCUGGUCCACUGGCUACUCAAGAUGGGAAUAUAGAGGAUAUGCUAAAAGAACAUGAGCGUAAUGUUCAGGAAGCGGUGCGCAAAGCGCGCUGCAUUAAGAGCUGAGAUCUGUGAAACAUAUGAGCGGGAUCAAACUGUCAAGGACUCUAGCAUUUCAAGUUCAAAGUACAGGGAUGACAGUAUGCAUUCUUCUUCAAAGCAUCUCUAGAAGAACAACUCCUACCUAAAUGGGCAUAACUAAUUGAAAAGAACCUAACAUUUUUCUACAGUUGAAGAUCAAUACAAGCGUUGAACUCUAUCGUUACCAUUGUUUGUAAGUAAGGUAGAUGUCCUGUGAGCUUAAUGAGCAUAUGUUGGCAUUUGUAUUGAAUUUAUACUAAGGGGACAUGGUGAAGGUUAGGGGAUGGAGGUGUAGAAAAUUCCCCUCUGUAUUGAUCUAAAACGUCUUUUAUAUGUUUACACAGGGAGUACAAGCCAAGGUCGCAGAUUUUUGACAAUUUAUGGUCCCCACAUUUUGUCGUCAUGAAGAUAUUUGAAGUACAAAGCGAUUUCCACAAAAGGAUGCACGGUACAAUUACCAAAGGUUGCUGAAGUAAAUUGUCUAAACACAAACAUAGUUGUAAACUAACAUUGAAAAGAGAAAAUGACCAUUUCUCAUGAUAAAGCAAUGUAGUGCAGUAUCCCAUCAUGAUAACACAUGUUUUUUUGA